AUGCAGCCAAGGCCUUGGAAUCAAAUCAGUCAAAAUAUUUCUGCUUGCUUUAACAACUUGAUGAUUUGCAACUGGUUAGCUUCAGGUUCGAUGGAGGAAUUCUUGGCAGUGGAUGCAGCUAAGAAUGCUGGGCAGAUUAUUCGUUCUGGGUUCUACAACUACAAGACCAAGAAUGUGGAGCACAAAGGACUGGAAAUGAAAAUCGAUCCAAAGAUAAGGCAUUGUCAGAGGUUAUAUCGAGUGCACUCCAUAAGAAUAAGGGUGAAACUGGGAGGACAGGGGAAGGGAAGCCAAUGGGAAAGCAAAGGAUCAGGCAUGGUGGAUAAAUUCAAAGAUGCUGUUGGGUCUUGGCUUGGCAAAAGUUCUGGAAUGCAAACUGCUAAGGAUUCACUUGGCCAAUCCCAUGGUAACGAUUUGGGUUCGGCAAAUAAUGUCGAUGGGUAA